AUGAACUCAGUGUUAACAUUACUGUUUUCUGGAAUAGUUGCCUGUUGUACUCACUCUGCUGAUGAUUUGGUGUCCAGGUUACUUCUCGUGUCCUUUGAUGGCUUCCGGGCUGACUACUUGGAAACCUAUAAGCUUCCUCAUCUUCAGGAGUUCAUUGCAGAUGGUGUGCUUGUAAAAGAAGUUACAAAUGCUUUUAUCACCAAGACUUUCCCAAACCAUUAUACCAUAGUGACAGGUUUGUAUGAGGAAAGCCAUGGCAUUGUGGCUAAUGACAUGUAUGAUGCAGAAGCCAAGAAAAUGUUUUCACAGUUCAAUGAUUCAGAUCCCUUCUGGUGGAAUGAGGCAGUUCCAAUUUGGGUAACAAAUCAACAGCAGGGAAAUGGAGCAAGUGCUGCUGCAAUGUGGCCUGGUUCUGAUGUAAAAAUUAAUGGCACGACCCCUCAGUUCUUUAUGAAGUAUAACUUUUCAGUAACCUUUGAGGAGAGAGUGGAGAAAAUUGUUGAGUGGCUAAACAGCUCUAACCCAGUUGUCAGUUUUGCUGUCCUAUACUGGGAAGAACCAGAUGCGAGUGGGCACAAGUAUGGACCAGAUGACAACGAGAACAUGCGCAAAGUAUUAGAAGAAGUGGAUAAACAUGUUGGUUUCCUUAUUAGUAAAUUGAAGGCAUUAAGUCUGUGGGACUCUGUUAAUAUCAUAAUAACAAGUGAUCAUGGGAUGGCUUCCUGUUCUGCAGAGAAGAUGAUAAUCCUGGAUGAUUGCAUUGGUCGCAAUAACUAUACUCUGAUAGACAAGAGUCCAGUUGCUGCAGUGCUACCAAAGCAGGACAAAAGAGAUGUGUAUAACUUACUGAAAAAUUGCAGCAGUCACAUGAAGGUUUAUCUCAAAGAAGACAUUCCAGAUAGAUUCCAUUAUCGCAAUAAUAACAGAAUUCAACCCAUAAUUCUGGUUGCAGAUGAAGGCUGGACAAUUGUACAGAACGAGUCACUUCCAAAGUUAGGUGACCAUGGCUAUGACAACACUCUCCCAAGCAUGCAUCCUUUCCUGGCUGCUCAUGGGCCUGCUUUUCGUCAAGGAUACAAGCAGAGCAUGAUGAACAAUGUUGACAUUUACCCCAUGAUGUGCCACAUACUGGGACUGACACCAGAGCCCCACAAUGGCACUUACAGUAACUUCAGGUGCUUGCUUGCUGACCAGUGGUGCAAAAAUCUUCCAGAAGUUAUUGGGAUAGUUAUGGGGGCUUUUAUGAUACUGACAACUUUCACCUGCCUUAUUAUAAUCUCAAAGAACAAAGUUGCUCCCCAGAGGCCAUUUUCCCGCCUUCAGUUACAAUAUGAUGAUGAGAGUCUUUUAAUUGGAUAG